AAUCGCCUGGCGGCCGAGCGGGCGCUAGCGGCAGCGGCCGCCGCCGCAGCUGCCGCCGCCGCCGCCGAUGACAAAGACGCAACUGGGGAGGAGGCUGACGCGGCGGGUGUGAACAAGAUGGCCCAGGCGGCGGAAGGCAGCACAGCGGCCGCAGAGCCGCCCGCCCCCGCUGCGCCCAGACCCGCCAACACAGGCCCAACGGAGAUUUUCCAUAAAUCCAGCAAAGAGCUUUACCGCGCUGUGGCAGCGCAAUGGGGAAUUGCUUGUAAAAUGAGUGAUCACUGCCGAUGCCUCGACUGCCAGAGCCGCUACUUCGACUGCGAGUUCGACCAGAACGAGCAGGAGAAGACGGACGGAGGACUUGGCGCGGGCACGCCCAUAUUUAUUUCGGAAGUGAUCGGCUCAGCCUGCGUCAUUCUCUAAGCGCAUCCGGCAACAUCACUGGGGUCCCCUAGGGUCAACUCUAUAACUGGCUGACUACGAACACCGAUCACCAGUCGCCGGUUACUCAUCUCUGAUUGCUAAAUGUCCAUUAUCGGUAACUGAACACCGAUUUGUUACUGGCCAUUGGUCACCGGUUACUGACCUCAUCACGUAGAGGCACGUAUUGGCGGCUGAACUGCAGCCCGUUAGAAAGCUGAUGUUGCGGUAGGGUCAACCUAAAAACGAGAAAGAAGUGAAUAAAACCGUUGUUUUUAUGUUUUGGUACCCAACACUUUUGAUGAGAUUUUAAGAAAAUUGUCAAUGUCCAUUGGAAGAUAACAGGCCGGUGCGCUGUUUUAUGUUCAUUAGAUCGCGAUUGUUUAAGCUCGAGUUUUCCAUCUAUAAUGAAAGAUACUUUCCGUCACUGUCCUUUGAAUGUUGAUGGAUUACAUAUCGCCAGAUAACAGGGCACUACUCCACAUUAUAUGUUGUCCUCUUCAGUUCAGUCGAUUCGACUAACAUCACCCAUUGGAAUAUGACAUUUCUCUCCUGGUCAACACAAUGGAAAUCACAGUCCAGGUUUCCAGCUGCAAUCCAAAAGAAGAAGCCUGCAUCGCCAUAAAAUAAGGUAGGAUUCAACUUGUUGUUUGUUUACAGAAUGUAAGCGGUCACUCAAGUAAAGUUGAGAAGCUUCAACUUCUACUGUUGGAAUGUAGCUGCUCCAUGAGGUAUUUCUGGUUCCUAAAAAAUAACAAGAAGAGAGAAUAUUUUCCAAGAAUCGCUCAUUGUCGCUCAUUUGCUGUAGUCGUAUGGAAUUAUCGGAAGAUUUAACUUAUCUGUUUGUCCCAAAAGAUAUCGAGAUCAUCAGUAAAGUGUCGAAUUUCUGUUGAAAUUUUCUCCAGUGCUGUCCCUCGAACCCCAUCCGGGUACAAUUCGUCGGAUAACAUAACUCUUUCGUCGAAUGGACAUAUCUCAGUUGCAGGGCCCUGUAGGGAUGGGAUUUGCUCCUCCUCAAUGCUUGAGAGGUGUCAAGAAUCUUGAGAUUCUCAAAUAUUACAUCUCGAGAGAUAGUAAACUCAGUGUUUCAUAGGUUUUUGUCUGUACAAAAAUCUAAGAUUUCUUUAACCGAUUCAUCAACAGAACAAAGGAAAAUUUACCAAAUUCUACGCUCUUCCUGAGGAAUCUUAUGAGAAACUCCGAGAUUGAUUUUGAUGUAUGAACGUGAAGAUAAUCAUCUGUGCAAACUUUCUGAAACUAUUGACGUAUUUUUUCGCAGCAAGAAAAAACAUUAUUAAGAGUUAUAUUUCAUCAGAGAAUAGUCUUCAUGAAGACCCAAGUGUAGCAAAUCAAACGCACAGAUGAGCAAUUUUCAGGAAACACACCCUUCGGUGGUUGCACUGGAAGUGUCUAGAAACGACGAGCUGCGAACUUUUUCAAACUGCUCGAGAAUCCCCAACUCAAGAAACGACCCAACACAGCGCCGUAUGCCGAAUACCGUUGGUUCCCGAAAACUGCCUCGAUUUUUCUUGGAGUUUCCAACCCCGAAUAUCGAGCAUCAUCUGCUACACUUUAAACAACCUCAAUCGAACUCGCGAGUUUGCAGAGUUGAAGUCUCCCCGUGUGUACCCGUUCAUGUUCUCUCGUGGGAGCUUCGAGAUUCCCGAGACGAAAGGCUCUCGGUUCCCAACCCUAGCGCUCUGCAGCCCCGGUGGGGAUCCGUCUCCGGCGGCCUUACUCUGCCCCCCCCCCUUCCCGCGAGUCAGGGUAUCGAUCGGCGGCGUCCUGCGGGGCGCGGCCGAGAAAGGUCGACUAUGGAGAGGAGGGACGGCUUCACCAGCAGCGAGCACGGACAAGAAGAAAACAGCCUGUCGACACGGAUGAAGUCGUAAAAGAAAGAAGAGCUCUGGAGUGCUACUACACCAUAAGUCUCCGAGGUAUAUGUUUCCUUCUGGAAACGCUGCACCACGUACGACAUGCGGAGUGAGAGCGAUGCCGUGCGUCCGUUAGCAUACAACGUAAGAGUACGUAAUAAACAUAAACAACGCACUCAUCAAUAUAUAAUAUAUACAUAAUCUUUAAAAACCAGCACGCGUCGUCUUUCCACCACAUUCAACGAAGUAUAACUUGUUCUUUGUGUUGUUUCUACGGUAAAUAAGAAGGAAAUAUAUUUUAUGUGUAAGACGAUAAAUAAUGUGUGUAAAUUGUCUUAAAUGUUGUAAAUGGUGUUUAUGAACAAGUACGUUUAAUUGGGCUAUUGUGCCCGGGCCUGGUUAUACCCAGCAGCGGAGUAAAGACUUUUUUAGGGUGAAACAAUCCUCAAUGACCAUGUCGUAGAUUUAUGGCAUGUAAAAAAACCCUAGUAUUCUCCAGGCAAUAUUAUUUUUGGGCUGUCACUCAGUCUGUCUACCUGGAUUUGUGAGGCAAAUUGUCUUAUUUAUUUCUGUUCAUUUUAUUCCUUCAGUUUAGUCUAUAGAAUAAUACAUAAGUUACUGAUGUCGAACAGGAUUUGUUUCCUUUUCCUUAAACGUUUCAGAUGAACACAUUUCUGAAGUUUCCUCUGAUAUAAAACGUAGAUACAAAGUUUCUUUCUUCGGUCAUUUGACUUACUCGGUUAAUAAUUUAAAUUCCUUGAACUCACACAAAAGCCUGAUUUCUUCUCUCACAGAAUUGUGUAGAAACACAAUAAUAUAUUCGACUUGUUUUAACAUUGACAGUUAUGUUAAAACGGAAUCACAGUCGCCGCUUCAACAAAAAAAGGAGGGGCACCUAUCGCACAAGGUUCCGGAUAUUCUAUCACUCGGAAUGUUAAAUCAGAUACCGAUUCACUCCAUUUCUUGUUUGGCUGUUUCGUCUUCACGUCAUUAGCUUUAGCGCGAGAUGGGUCAUCUGAGUGCUUCGAGUGAUAAUAUGAACUGAUCAAAUUCAAGGCCUGAACUUCAUCGUGCAAUGGGGGGGGGGCAUCUGGGGGGGGAUCCCCUUGCAAGCUGACGUGUAGAUAGGCACCAGAUCUCACCAUCCAAUUGGGGGAAGUAAUCACAUCAACAUCUCGAGAUAAAACGUUCACGACAC